AAUGUUCGUUAACUGUAUCAGUCAGCCGUUUGGUUUGAAGUGAUCUUGUACUCGUCGAAUCAACAACACAGACCACGUCAAAAUGAAAUCGAUGGUGGUGUUGUUCGCUCUUGCCUCCGUGGCUUGCGGGUCGCUGCUGCCGCUGGCGCAGCCGCCGCACCACCCCGCGCUGGUGCUGGACCCGCACGGCCGCCCGCUGGACACCGCUGAGGUCAUCGGCGCCCGCGCCCUGCACCUGCAGGCCAAGGCUCUGGAGCACCACGCGCCCCUCGUGCACGCCGUCGCGCCCCUCGCCCACUCUGUCGUGGCCCCUGCUGUGGUCGCCCACGCCCUGCCCGCCGCCGUCUCGCACCAGUCCCGCGUCGACGUGCACUCCAGCCCCGCCGUCGUCGCCCACGCUCCCGUGGUCACCGCUCAUGCCGCGCCUCUGCUCGGAUACUCCGCGCACGGUCUGGCCGCCCAUGGCCUCGCUGGGCACGGACACUGGUUGAAGAAGCGUUCCCUCGGACACUACGCUCUGGCUGCCCCCAUCAUCGCCCAUGCGCCCGUUGCCACCUCCCACCAGUCUCGUGUGGAUGUCAUCUCUAGCCCCGCCGUCGUGUCGCAUGCCGCACCCGUGCUCGCUCACGCCGUGCACGCCGCCCCGGUCGUCGCUCACGCCAUCGCGCCCUCCGCCGUGUCCCACCAGUCCCGCGUGGACGUCCACAGCAGCCCCGCUUUGGUAGCUCACUCCGUGCUUGCCGCGCCCGUGCACUCCGUCGUAGCCGCUCCCCUUCACGGUGCUCACUCCAUCUACGGUGCUCACUCCCUCAUUGGUGCCCACUCUGGUCUCGGUCACGGUCACUGGCUGAAGAAGAGGUCCCUGUUCUCGUCCUGGGCUCCCAUCGCUCACUCCAUCCCCUCUGCCGUCUCCCAUCAGUCGCGGGUGGAUGUGAUCUCCAGCCCCGCUGUUGUUGCGCACGCUGCUCCCAUCGUGCACGCCGCUCCCAUCGCCGUGGCGCACACCGCGCCCGUGAUCGCGCACGUGGCUCCCGCCGCCGUGUCCCACCAGUCCCGUGUUGAUGUGAUCUCCUCUCCCUCUCACGUCGCUCAUGUUGCUCCUCUGGCUCACUCCGCUGUGUGGACCGCCCCUAUCUCGCAUUUAUCCCAUCAUGGUCUUCUUCAUUCAGCUCCCGUGUCCCAUGCCGCCCAUUGGUAAAGCGAAAAAUUGAUUCGACGAACGAUGUAGUUUUCGUUUUAGUAAUUAUUGAAACGAAUAGACAAAUAUAUAAAUUAUGUAAUACAAAA